UGUACACGUACUUCGUCCUUGGAUACUUGUAUAGGCCGCAUACCCGUGGUACAUACCAUAGAACUUAGAAAGUCCAACCAUGUCACCUCCUAGAGUCUUCGAAGGCAAGCUUGCCAUCAUUACUGGCGCUUCGCGAAGCUUCGGCGCCGCACUUGCCACACACUUCGCCUCGCGCGGUGCUAACGUUGUGAUCAACUAUGCAACAUCGAGCUCCGACAAGAUCGCAGCGGAGUUGGCAAAUCAUCUCUCCACAACGUACAAUAUCACCGCACUACCCGUACGCGCCGAUCUCCUCGACCCUUCCGCUCCCGCGACCAUCGUCAAUGCGGCAAAGGCUGUUUUCACGAACCCCACAGCCACACCCUCGUUCCAGAUCGAUAUACUGAUCAACAAUGCUGCGGUCGUGAAUGCGCAACCUAUCCAAGAACUUGACGUAGAGCUCUGGGACCAAACCUUCAACAUCAACUGCAAAGCUCCUGCGCUUCUCAUCAAAGCCGCAUUUCCCUACCUUCCCCACGACAGGUCGGGUAGGAUCGUCAACAUUUCUUCCGCGACUACGACAUGGGGUCUGAUCCAACAGACGUCCUAUGCCGGCACCAAGGGCGCGAUAGAGGCCAUGACGCGUGUUUGGGCGCGUGAACUCGCUGAGCGCGCAACUGUCAACAGUGUGAGCCCUGGUCCUAUGGAUACGGGUCUUUUGAACGGGCUGCCGGAGGCGCCGAAGCAAGCGUUAAGAAUGUACAACGCAUUGAUCCCGCUAGCAAAAGAAAGACCAGGAGUGGACAGCGAAGAAACUCUGAGAUUAGCGGACGAGAUUGGUGGUAGGCCGGGCACGCUCGAGGAGGUAGCAGGUAUCGUAGGUAUCGCCUGUUUGCCUGAAAGUGGUUGGAUGACGGGCAAUCAGCUAGGCGCGAGCGGAGGCGGUGCUUUCGUUAGAUGAGAAUGUCCCCUUUGAAUAUGCGCGUAGCUGCAGGCAGCAAACUAUAUUGAGUACGAUUCUUUGAUUCCUUUUCUGAGGCGUGGUAAUGAUUGUGACACGAGGAGUCGAGUGCUCUAGUCAGCCACACGAUGCCAAGCUUUCUCUAGCGCCUCGCAGCGGAGAUGGCAUGCCAUGCAACAGCAAGCGGUUCUACUAGCGCGCUAACGUUAAGAGGUACGCUAUUUAGCAGACUUAGCACAGCUUCUUCUAGUACAAUAAUA